AGGAGGGGUGGGGGUUGUUGAAAAUCUCUCUAGAGGUUAAACCUUUCCUCCCCUGCUAGGUGGUUUCUUUUGUUUUUCUCUGCUUUGCCUUUGUUUGUGGCUUUCUCCCACUUGGCUCCGACAGAAUUCGCUGCCUUUCUCGCACACGGAAUCAGUCAGGCCGUCCCUAGGUUCAUGCUGAGGAUCUGUAAAGUUUUCCGAGCCGAAGGGAGUCACAUUUACAGCCCAGCCUGUGUGGGGGUGGCGAGGAGAGAGUAGGGGUAUCAGCACAACAGGGGCUCUGCCUCCGAGCCGCGGUGCCGCUCAGUUCUGCUGAGCACUUGCAGGCUGUGUAAUUAACCGUGGGAGGCAGUGAAUUAAAUCUUUGUAAAGCCCACCGAGCGGGGGGUUCCUGCGAGCUCUUUUCCAACCGGUCUCAGGCGGCUGGGAUAUAACAUCAGCCACAGCAGCAACGGCGGCGAGCGAGAAGCGGGGAGAGCCAAGCCCCGCUCGGUUCGAGUGCUCCCGCCGGCCGAUGGACAAGCUCCGCGGGGCCCGGCCGCUGCGGCUGCUGCUGCUCCUGGCGCUGCUGCCCGCGCUCCGGGGCCAAGAUCUUUCAAUGGAAGAAUGCUGUGACAAGGGUGUUGAAUGGGCAAACAAAAACAGAAUAUGUACUUCUCUACCAUUAAUUUCUGAGUCCAGAGAAUGCAGCAUGACUCAGGUGCAGUGUUGUCGCAGCAAACUGGAGGAGCACUACUGUUCAGAUGGGAUUGAAUUUGCCAGCGUGCGUGAGGAGUGUGACUCACACAUUGAUGAAAAUUCCACCUGUGAAGCUGAGUACUUUAAGAAAUGUUGUUACUGUUGUCUACUGGGAAAGACUGCCCAAGUUCAAGGCCAGAGCUGUGAACCCAACCUGAAGAUAGGAUACCAGUGUGGAAUUGUCUUCAGAGCUUGUUGUGUGAAGGGUCAAGAAGGCACAGAUGUGUCCAUCAGUGAUGAUGCUCCUAAAAAGGAACAAGUUGAAAUUUCAAAGGAGGAACUAGACCAAGAAGAUCCUUAUCUGCAUGAUGGCUGCAGAGGUGGUGGUCCCUGCUCUCAGCAAUGCAGAGACACGGGAUCCAGUUAUGUCUGCUCGUGCUUUGUUGGAUAUCAGCUUCAACCAGAUGGUGUCAACUGUGAAGAUAUUAACGAGUGUAUCACUGGGACACACAGCUGUGGGAUUGGACAAACUUGUGUCAAUACAUUAGGAUCUUUUCGUUGUCAGCGGGACACGAGCUGUGGAACUGGUUAUGAGCUAACUGAUGACAGUCGUUGCAAAGAUAUUGACGAAUGUGAGACUGGUACUCAUAACUGCCCCCCCGAUUUUAUCUGUCAGAAUACUCCAGGAUCUUUCCGUUGCCGACCCAAGCUACAGUGCAUGAAUGGGUUUAUACAAGAUGCUCUAGGCAACUGUAUUGAUAUCAAUGAAUGCUUGAGUACCAACAUGCCAUGUCCAGCUGGUCAGAUAUGUAUCAACACUGAUGGCUCAUAUACCUGUCAGCGAAUCUCACCCAGCUGUGGCCGAGGUUAUCAUCUCAAUGAAGAUGGAACGAGAUGUGUAGAUGUGGAUGAAUGCUCAUCUUCUAAUCAGCCAUGUGGUGAAGGACAUGUUUGUAUAAAUGGACCAGGCAAUUACCGUUGUGAGUGCAAGUCUGGAUAUUCUUUUGAUGUCAUCAGUAGAACUUGUAUUGAUGUCAAUGAAUGCAGACGCUAUCCAGGUCGCCUUUGUGCUCACAAGUGUGAGAAUACUCCUGGUUCCUACUACUGCACUUGUACCAUGGGAUUCAAACUUUCAUCUGAUGGCAGGUCAUGUGAAGAUUUAAAUGAGUGUGAGAGCAGCCCCUGUAGUCAAGAGUGUGCCAAUGUGUAUGGCUCUUAUCAGUGUUAUUGCCGACGUGGCUUUCAGCUUAGUGACAUAGAUGGAAUUUCAUGUGAAGAUAUUGAUGAAUGUGCUUUACCUACUGGAGGUCAUAUCUGUUCUUUUCGGUGUAUUAAUAUUCCUGGGAGCUUUCAGUGUACUUGUCCCUCCACGGGUUACAGGUUGGCACCCAAUGCACGCAACUGCCAAGAUAUUGAUGAAUGUGUUACAGAAACUCACAACUGCUCUUUCAAUGAGACCUGCUUUAACAUCCAGGGAGGGUUUCGCUGUCUGUCUUUGGAAUGUCCAGAAAACUACCGCAAGUCUGGAGAUACUGUCAGACUUGAAAAGACAGAUACUAUCCGUUGCAUUAAAUCUUGUCGACCAAAUGAUGUCAACUGUGUGCUGGAUCCAGUCCACACAAUUUCCCACACUGUCAUUUCACUACCCACAUUCAGAGAAUUUACAAGACCUGAAGAGAUUAUUUUUCUUCGUGCCAUUACACCUACAUAUCCGGCCAACCAGGCAGAUAUCAUAUUUGACAUAACAGAAGGAAAUUUAAGAGAAUCCUUUGAUAUCAUCAAGCGUUACAUGGAUGGUAUGACAGUGGGCGUGGUGCGCCAAGUGAGACCCAUUGUUGGACCCUUCCAUGCCAUCCUGAAACUGGAGAUGAACUAUGUCAUGGGUGGAGUGGUAUCUCAUCGUAACAUUGUCAACGUUCACAUCUUCGUCUCCGAGUACUGGUUCUGAGAGAGCUUUUAAGGUCCCAGACAAGCAAGCUGCUCCAGCCUAAGUCAUUACAACAAACUACUAUGUCAUAUACUUGUUUGUAAAACCCAGUAGAGGUUUUUGCUGUUGUUGUUUUAUUUUUAAAUAUUUGUUUCUUGGUUUAAGCAAAAUAACAAGCUGUUAUGGUGAUUAGACAUAGAGUGGGGCAAAUUAAGUGAGCUGAUUUAGUUGUGUGUAUAAAUAAGUAGUGUGUGAAAGUGCUCAGCUGCCUAGUGAAAUUUAAGACUUUUCUAAAUGUUAAUGCAGACUUAACUAUUGCUCCUUGGCCUGAUAACCAGAGUGACCGAGGAUGUGGAACAAACUACGUAUCAGAGUUCACUGGGAUGAAUAUAUGGUAUCUUUGGAUGGAAGAAGUUCGGUAAGGAUUAGUUAUUUCAGCUCCACAUAAAUUACUUUGAAGGAGUUAGACUGUCAGAAAGUGUAAAAAUACUCACUUUUGGGCUCCAGUAGAGUAAUUCUGAAUGGACACCCCAAAUUACUAAUCAUUUCUGAAAUGUUUAACCUACAUAUUCGGGUAUGAUUACAAGAGAAAGUACAAAAAGAAUUAGAAAUAGUAGGAGACUAACAAGCUAUUGCACAUAUUAAAAAAUUACUUUUUUUGUUACUUGUUAUUUGAUUGUAAAGUUAUGUUUGAUUCUAAUUAAACAAAUACCUCUCAGUGAAAUUAUUCAUUACGAGGGUAAUGAAUAUUGCUUCAAUUCUAGUCUCAUCUGUGCUCAGCAAUACAUGGAAACUCAAACCUGUAACUCCUGUCUAUCUUGACACCUUUUUAAAAUUGGUAUUCAGAUCAGCAUGUUAAACUAUACACCUCCUAUGCACCAAAUCAAGGCAUAUGUACUAAUACAAGGAAACGUUCAUAAAUAAAUGGAUUUUUAAUGUAAUUUUUGGGAUCAAAGUAAUGUAUCGUUUUUAUUACAGAACAGAAUAUAACUAGCUCCAUGUUUCAUUUGUCACAUUUGUUAAGAUACGAAAAAAUAAAGUCAAAUGGGAAAUACUCA